CGCUGCUCCUCACGUGUAGCGUUCAUUUCCGUGCAGGGUUUUUGCUGAGGAGCUGACUGAGCUUUGGUUUAUAAAUGCCUCUGAGGAGAGCCGUGAUCGUUCCGGGGAACGGAGCAGGGAAUAUCGAGCACUGCAACUGGUAUGGAUGGGCAAAGAAACGAGUAAACGAGAUUCCAGAUGUGUCUUGUACGCUGAAGAACAUGCCGGAUCCUGUGACUGCCAGAGAGAGCAUCUGGCUGCCGUUCAUGGAGAAGGAGCUGAAAUGUGAUGAAGAAACGGUCAUCAUCGGACACAGUUCAGGAGCCGCUGCAGCCAUGAGGUAUGCAGAAACACACAGAGUCUUUGCCAUUAUUCUGGUAGGUGCGUACACAUCAGACCUGGGAGAUGAGAAUGAACGCGAGAGCGGAUAUUUCAGCCGGCCAUGGGAAUGGGAGAAGAUCAAAACAAACGUGAAGCACAUAAUUCAGUUCGGCUCUACAGACGACCCCUCUCCCUGGGAAGAGCAACAGGAAGUGGCUGAUGGACUAAACACAGCUCUACAUAAAUACUCAGACCGCGAUUUCCAGAACACAGCCUUUCCAGAGCUCAUCGACGCAGUAAAAAAGCUCAAAACCAACAGCUAAAUACUAAAACUCAUCCUUCAUCCUCUGUGUACUUAAAAAAUACACUCAUUCUGUUUCUUAGGGGCCAAAUUAAACGUGUCUUACAAGAAACAAUGGCAGUUUAUUACUGUGGCAUAUGUUGAAACUGUCCCAUUUUCAUUUGUUUUCAAUACAAGUAUAAUCAUUUAAA